AUGAAGUCUGUACGCUUGAUGCACGCCCUGUGCAGGCGUGUCCAGCACACAUUCCUGGCCAGACGCAGAGAUGUGGAACAGCGACGGCACUACGCCGAGAAAUGUGACUCGGUGAUCAAAGGCGUUGUGGUGGGCGUGUACGCCAAGGAGGGCGACCGCCAGCCCAAGAUGACACCAUCCGGCGAGAAGUUUGACGAUCGCGUCCAGGGUAAGAUCACUGAUCUCAUACGCGAGACGGGCCCGAGUGGCCAGCUGGGAAAAGGCCGUGUCUUCAUGAACGUGGAUGCGGAGUUCCGUGCGGUGGCCGUGGUCGGCGUGGGACAGGAGGGGGCCGGCUUCAACGACCUGGAGAUGAUCGACGAGGGAAUGAAGAACGCUCGCGUCGCUGCCGGCGUGGGGGCUCGUGCCCUUCAACUGCAGGGCUGCACAGAUGUAUUCGUGGAGUCGAUGGAGUAUGCGGAGCAGGCGGCCGAGGGGAGCGCCUUGGCCGUCUGGCGCUACAACACCAACAAGCGCCGUCGGGACCGCACACUCAUUCCCAAACUGGAGCUGUACGACUCUCCCGACUCGGAUGCCUGGAUGCAAGGCCGAAUCGCAGAACCUGGCCCGUCGCCUGGCCGAUACGCGGCCAAUCAGAUGACGCCCACAAUCUUCGCCCAGUCAACGGUGGAUGCCCUGUGCCCCUGCGGGGUAUCCGUGGAGGACAAGCCCAUCCUCCUGCUGGGCAAGGGCAUCACAUUCAACAGCGGGGGCCUCUGCCUCCGUCCAAGGACUGCUUGUCCAUGUACCGCGGCUGCAUGUCCGGUGCAGCCGCCUGCGUGGGCGUCAUCCGAGCCGCUGCCGCCCUAUCGCUGCCCCUAA